GUUCUACUAAGCGGCGGAGUUGAUUCGACCGUCUGCGCAGCAAUGUUAUCCCAAACUGUUGAUCCGGCGCAAAUUGUAGCAGUUCAUAUUGACAACGGUUUCAUGCGGAAAAAUGAGUCAACAGCCGUUGUGGAGUCAUUAAAAGCUCUGAAAAUUAAUGGUAAGUAUUCCGAAGAUGUUUUAUUUUGGACAGUUCACUUGGUAAAUGCUCGAUUAAGAUUCCAGUCGGGAAUGACAACCUUUCAAGUUCAAGUGAAAACAGAAUCAAUGGCCCCAGCAACGGUAGUUCCCUCAAAAGCUCAGUCUGAACAGCCCAGUGCCAGUCCCAUUGGCUCUGAUUCGCGAGAAAAGAAGGAGGAACAUCAAUCAGAUAUUAACGCCAAACCCGACGGUCAAACAGCCCUAUCCAAUCAGUCCACAGAACCUGCCUCCCAACAACCGCCACCUCCCCCUCGACGACAACCUCACUGGAGUGGUGGAGGGUUUUCAGCUCAUUUGGAAACUCGAAAUAUCCCGAUUGGACCACUUGGAUCGGUUACCAUUAAUCCAGAAGAGAAAAGACGCAUUAUUGGUGAUAUGUUUGUACGUGUCGCUCAGGAAACGUACACUGCGGCCGGAUCUGAUCGAAUCAGCUGCGCAUAUAGUCAGCUCACGAGCAGACACUAUCAAGACUCAUCACAAUACAACGGCUCUGGUUCAGCACCUACGAAAACAAGCGUGCAUUACGCAAUUAGUCCAUUUAUUCACCGUACCGUAUGCCCGAUGAACGGCGAUGGCCGUGUUAUUGAACCUUUGUCUGAUUUUCACAAAGACGAAGUACGUCAGAUCGGACGGCAGUUGGGUCUACCGGAAGAAAUUGUGAAUCGGCAUCCCUUCCCCGGUCCCGGUUUGGCGAUUCGAAUAUUGUGUGCAGUCGAACCGUUCGUGGAACGUGAUUUUUCCGAAACCACCAGUCUCAUCAAAAUGAUUGCGGGUUAUCAUGUGAUGUCGCAAAAGAGUCUCAGGAUUCUUUUCGACGUUCGUCUGGGUCGAACAUCGUUGCUGAACUAUACAUCCGAGCAACAAACAAUACUUUGA